CCGGAGGGCGCCGUGUCACCUCUCUCCCGAGUCUCCAUCUCCUCCUGGGCCUGGCUGGUCGACCUGAGUGGAGCAAGCUCGCGGCGCAUCUCAAGCAGGGAAGCUCUGCGCAGCCAGAAGAACCGCAGCAGUCCGCGGCUGCCGCCCAGCGAGCGCGCCGGCCGGGCAUGAAGGCGGAGGGGCGGCCCCUAGUUUGGGAUUUGUGGGUGUCGGGGCUGCAUCCGCGCCAGCGUCGGAGCCUGGAGUGGGCGGGGGAGUCGCGCAGACCGCAGACAGACCCGGCCGGCCCGUCCCCUCCCCCGCCCGGCCCCAGGCUGGGGGUAGAGGAGCUUAGGGCCCCUUAGGAGAAGGGGUGGGCGCGGGCGACCUGGGCGAGCUUCGGGGGCGGCAGCCUCAGCUGUCGGCGAAGUGUGGCCCGGCGCCCGUCUCCAGAACUCCUCCCUGCCCUCGGGAAGGUGGGGACACCCCGCAGCCUCUAGGGGGCUCUCGGGAGAGUAUCCCCGGGCCUCGAGCCGGCGCCGGCCAGGUGGCAGUGGAGGGGCUGGGCUGCGCGGAGGAGGCGGCCUCCCCGGCCAGGGGCGGCGGCAAGGGCGGCCCCGGGAUCACAUGGGCGGAGGCAGGUCCCGGAGCCCCGAGCGGGCUCUCCCCAGAGUCGGACAGACCGCGGCGGCGGCGUCUCCUCGCCUCGCUCCUAGCCUUCCUUUCGCUCCCGGGCCUGGCCGCCCAGCCCGACAGGUAUGGCGCUGACAGUGGAUGUGGUGGGGCCGGCGCCCUGGGGCUUCCGCAUCUCCGGAGGCAGGGAUUUCCACAUGCCUAUCACAGUGACCAAGGUCACCGAGCGGGGCAAGGCCGAGGCUGCCGACCUCCGGCCUGGUGACAUUAUUGUGGCCAUCAACGGGGAGAGUGCAAAGGGCAUGCUUCAUGCCGAAGCCCAGAGCAAGAUUCGCCAGAGCCCCUCACCCCUGAGGCUGCAGCUGGACCGGUCUCGGGCUGCCUCUCCUGGGCAGACCAAUGGGGAAAGCUCCAUGGAGGUGUUGGCUACUCGCUUUCAGGGCUCCCGGAGGGGGCACACUGACAGCCAGUCCUCCCUGCGGUCUUCCUGCUCCAGCCAGGCUUCCCUCAGCCCCCGGCCGAGCAGCCCCUUCUCCACCCUGCCCCCAACCAGCCCGCAUACUCCCGCUGGAGAGGUGGUGACCAGCCACAGUCUCCAGAGCCUGGCACACUCCCCGGGACCCGCCACGGCUGACCACUUGUCCUACGGGGGCCGCCCCGGAAGCCGACAGGCCGGCGACUGGGCUGUGCUGGUGCUGCCGCCACAGCCUUCCCCAGGUCCCCGUUCCUCCAGCCCCAGGCUCAGCGUGGCCUCGGAAGGGGAAAGCCACCUCCUGAGAGAGGACUCCGAAGUCUUCAAGAUGCUGCAAGAAAAUCGGGAGGCCCGGGUGGCCCCCCGGCAGUCCAGCUCCUUUCGGCUUUUGCAGGAAGCCCUGGAGGCUGAGGAGAGAGGUGGCACGCCUGCUUUCCUGCCCAGCCCACUGAGCCCCCAGUCCUCCCUGCCCACCUCCAGGGUGCUGGCCACCCCACCCAAGCUCCACACGUGUGAGAAGUGCAGCACCAGCAUCGCGAACCAGGCUGUGCGCAUCCAGGAGGGGCGGUACCGCCAUCCCGGCUGCUACACCUGUGCCGACUGCGGGCUGAACUUAAAGAUGCGCGGGCACUUCUGGGUGGGGGACGAGCUGUACUGCGAGAAGCAUGCCCGCCAGCGCUACUCCGCACCCUCCACCCUCAACUCCCAAGCCUGAGCGCCAGUUGCGUGUUCGGCACCCCUCCAACCCCGCCCCACCGCCCUCUGCUGGCACCUCCGUGCCAGGGCCCAGCCAAUAGCGAGUUCCUGUGGAAAGGCCUUGCGGGGUGGGGUGGGUCCCUUUCUCCUCACUGAGUGAGGCCAGAGGCUGGGACCUGUCUGUGCUGUGGGUGAGGGCGGCCUCACCUCACCUCUGCUGGAUUCUCUCGCGUCCCCCUGCUGGACAGGCUCUGCACCAAAGUCUGAAGUGGACGCUGCAUUGGACAUGUUUGUGCAACAGGGGUUCAGCAGGUUCGGACAUGGAGAUAAGCAUCUAGAAGGAGAGGGGUGGGCCAGAGGCUACAGGUAUUCACUGUGUAAUGUUUUCGACGUAUGAGCUCUAUAAAUAUAUACUAUUCGGUGGACAAAGUAAA